CAGAUUCCAACAGAAGACGUGAUUUCUCUAUCUGGGAGUGGUUCCACAGUUGAAGAUUUAUCUAGUGGGAACGCUCCUGCUUUGGUCGAUGAUGCAGACAUCCGACUAGCACUAAAUCUCAACAUCUGUCCGGAAUGUCAUAAAGACGCAGGAAGGCACCUUUAUGACCACUUGUUCACCGUGCACGGAUACUCGAAAUAUGAUGUCGAGAAAGCGAAACAACAAAAACGCAGAUGGAAGUUAUUUUCGACAGCCAGUCCCUCUUACAUUUGCAACGUAUGCAAUCUUCCCUAUAAAACGAGGAGAGCUCUUCUACAGCACAGAAAGGAGAAGGAACAUUACAGCGAAGAUGGGGAAACGUUACAGCUGAUUUUAUGCCCCUUAUGCGAUGAACAUGUUCAGGAUCAAGAAGAGCUAAUGAAUCACGUCAGCCAUGAACAUGCGGCUUUUUUGAAAGCCAAUUUCGGAUUCGAAAAACCAAAGCUCGAACAUCAACAACCUGGGAUGAAUUUUGGCCAUGUACUGUGUCCAGAAUGCGGCAAAUCAUUCAAAAAGGAACAUAUUGGCGAGCACGCCAUUUUCGUUCACAACUACACAAAUCGGGAGCGACAGGUUCUUUUGCUUCAUCUCGGCGUAGAGCUUACCACUCCAGUUCCUGAGCUCUCAUUCAAAUGCGAGCACUGUUCAAAAGGGUUUGGAAGGAAGCAUGAUCUCAAUAUACAUCUACUCAACCAGCACUCUUACAAUCCAUCGACCUCGGUGGGGAAUGCGUGCCCAUGUGGUUUUGAUGGGUGCAGGCAUAGUUUCAGUAGUUAUGAAGACCUUGCCACUCACUGUGCCAGGAUGCACUCCAAGGAAUCUGGUCAGCAAUUCGAAAUAAUCAACGUGUCGUUCAACAGCAAGAAAGAUUUUCUGAACUGGAAGCACGACGUUGAAAGGAAGACUGGUGCCUUAUUCCGAUUCCGUUGCACAAGCAAAUAUCAAACGGCAGUAUAUGUAUGUGCCACUACUUUUACUAACCUGUCGAAUGAUGAGCAGGAAUCUUCGCCGAAAAAAGCCAAAGUUUCUGAGCAGUAUUGCACUGCUUUCAUAAAGUGCCGACCUAGAAGUGACGGUACAGUUGAAGCAAUAGGUUGCUUGGAGCACACUGGUCAUGCUGAAAAUCCAUGUUUGGAUGAAGAACAGAAGGAUGAAGCGUGUCGACUUCUC